GUUUGGAGCCGUUUGUGAACAGUGUUUUCUGUUGGACAUGCUUACUUCCAUAUUGAUAUUGUGAUAGCAGCAGGCUCGGGCACGCGCAGUGCCUCGCGCUCUGCUCACAUGACGUAAGGAUGUUACCCAGCAUUCUGCGCGGGCGCUCUGACACAAACAUCAAGGAAGAGGAUGCCGGACGCCUCAGAUAUGGAAUACAAGGUUGUAUUUGCAGCCUUGAAGAAAGUAUGUGAAGACAACAUUGCUGUUUUGGGAGGUCCCUCUGAUUUGCCAUACGGCGCUGUUGCCAAGCGCCUGGUGACGUGUAUGAGGCAGAUUCAGGAGCACUGCCGAGCCCUGGAGCCUGUGGUCGCCAGCUUCGCCGCCGUCUUCCACCAUUAUGACUUUGACGCACAAACGCCUGGAAAUGGCUACCGCACCCUGGUCAAGGUCUUGCUGUCUUGCCUUUUACACAUCAUUCACAAGGGUCGUUACAUUGCCUCUAAUUACAACGGUGCCUUCUUCAGAGCGGAUCACAAUGUCUCUGAGAUGGAGGCAUACUGCGUUGCUCUGCGCCAAUUGCGUGCCCUGCUCCACCUCGCCCAGCGGCUGAUCAAUGACAACAACCACGGCGAGCUGUACUGCCUGCAGGACGAGGACCUAAGCAACAGUUUUGUGCAGGAGUACAGCUCCAUGCACAAAGCCUGCUUCUAUGGCCGCUGUCUGGGCUUUCAGUUCUCACCCACUCUACGUCCAUUCCUCCAGACUGUUGUCAUAAGCAUGGUAACAUAUGGAGAGACGUAUGGUAAACAGCAGUCUGGUUUUGGUUUGGCAGCCCUUUCCCUCCUCACAUCAGGGAAGUACGUCAUCGAUCCAGAGUUGCGGGGUGCUGAGUUUGAACGCAUUACCCAGAACCUGGACAUGAAGUUCUGGAAGUCCUUUUGGAACCUCACAGAGUCCGGCCUUUUAACAGGCUUCAGCAGAAUAUCCUCUAGCCCAGUGCAGGUGAACUUCACCCUGACUGUGCCUCCUGUCACUCUACGCCUCCCACUGGCCUCAGACCCUAGACUAACAGCCACAGUGUCACCGCCAAUAGCCCACUGGGGCCCCGGGCCAGUCAACAUGCGUCUGAUCUCCUAUGAGAUUCGAGAAGGACAGGACAGUGAAGAGCUGCAAGCUUAUUCUCGAACCGAUCCUCCCCCCAUCUCCGCGUCCCAUUUUCCCUGGAUACAGAAGCAGCCUCGCUCCCCGUGGCUGCUCAUCCACUUCCAUGGAGGGGGCUUUGUGGCCCAGACCUCCAGAUCCCAUGAGAAUUAUCUUCGGACUUGGUCGAAGGAGCUGAGCGUACCUAUCCUCUCCGUUGACUACUCUCUGUCACCUGAAGCGCCCUUUCCCAGAGCUCUGGAGGAAUGUUUCUACGCCUACUGCUGGGCUCUGAACAACUGUCAUCUGCUGGGCUCCACAGCGGAGCGGGUUUGUCUGGCAGGUGACAGCGCUGGAGGAAACCUCUGCAUCACUGUGUCCAUGAAGGCCAUAUCCAGCGGCAUCCGAGUGCCUGACGGCAUCAUGGCUGCCUACCCUGCCACCUUGCUCACAACUGACGCCUCGCCCUCCCGCCUGCUCACGCUCAUCGACCCGCUGUUGCCUUUAGGUGUUCUCGCGAAGUGUAUCAAUGCGUAUGCAGGUACAGAAUCUCAGACGGCGCAGCCUGCAGUAGAAAGCGGCAGUCUGAGCUCUCUGGGUAGAGACACUGCUGUCCUGCUCGGUGAUCUUACCCAGGGAGCCUCCAACUGGAUCCAGUCCUUUCUGGAUCCCAUGCGGACUACAGGAGGAGCACGCUCCCUGUCAUCGACGCCGAGGGGGUCUCCGAGCAACGAAACUCGCAUGACAUCCACUCGCACCUCCGCUACAAACUGUGGAAGUUGCACAGAUUACCCAGAGGACUUUGAGCCCCUGCGCUCAGAGUGCCUGGCUUUUAUUCGCCCAACUUCCUGUCCCAUUAUCAGGAACCCGUUUGUGUCGCCCGUGCUGGCUCCCAACAACCUGCUGAGAGGCCUGCCACCUGUACACAUAGUGGCCUCUGCUCUGGAUGCCUUGCUGGACGACUCUGUGAUGUUUGCCAAGAAGUUGCGAGACAUGGGCCAGCCUGUGAGUCUGACGGUGGUGGAGGACCUGCCUCAUGGAUUCCUCAGCCUUUUACAGCUCGCCAAGGAGACGGAGGUCGCUGCAGGAAUCUGUGUGGAGACAAUGAGGAAGAUUUUCCAGCAGGAAAACCCACCGUCCGCUCUUCGCAAGCGGCCGAAGCUGGAAGAGACUUAUCAGAGUAGCAAUCCAUCAGGCUGAUUUAUCUGUCAUUCGUGGGACUUUGUUGUUCUCGGAUGAAAAGAAAUCUGACAUGAGGUGGUGAGAGAGAUGCAAUAAGGGGGGUGAGAGUGAUGCAAUAAGGGGGGUGAGAGAGAUGCAAUAAGGGGGGUGAGAGUGAUGCAAUAAGGGGGUGAGAGUGAUGCAAUAAAUGUAAUCAUGUCAGGGAGAAUUAUGAGGAUGCAACAAACUGUAAAAGUAGAGGAAGCUUAGGGACACUGCACUUUAAACCUAGACCGCACAACAUUUUCUGUAGGCAGUGAUGAUCAAAAAUAGCACUACAAACUUUUACUUUCUACCAGCUUUAAUAUGAUCCUAAAUGAUGACUAAGUAUUUUUCUACCAACAUUUACAUGUUCAAGAUCCAGAUCACACGCACAUUGCGAAUAUAGACUAAUAGAAACUUCACUGUAACCAGCCUUUGCAGUAAUUUCUUAACUGAUAUAGUAUGUCAGUAAUGGAAGCUGUUGUGCCUUGAAUUUAAGUGCUGCUAAUGUGUAUGAAGAUAAGCUUUGCCUAUGUUACUGCACAGACUGACCAGAAUUAAGAUUUACUUGCACAGGAAACACAUUCCAGAUGCAAUGUAUCAUUAUUAUUAUUAUUAUUAUUAUUAUAUUUGAAUUAAAAAUAUAUAGUCAGGUUAUGCCAGUUGUCACGUGUUUACAACAUAUUGAUAAGGAGGCAUUCACCUUGUGUUUACCAGCAGUAUGUGGAUGUGGGAUAUGAAAGUAACUUGUACUGUAAAUUAAUUCUUAUUUGAUAAUAAUACAUAUUGAACACUGUUAUAUUUAAAGUCUGCCUUCAAUUUCAAAA